CCCUACAUUUCUUUAUUUUACUUUUUGUCCCUAUCCGAUCGACCCCCAAAUUCACGAUCAAUCAAAGUUCACGACCUCCUCCUACUUCAAUCGCGACUUCCUCCACCGUCAGUGGCGAUCCCCUCCACCGGCCACCGGAGAGAAGAAGAUCCUCCACCACUCUCUCUCUCCUCUCCGCCGCGAGCUACUCCAGGUAUGGACCCCUGAUAGCCUGUUUGGCUGAACAGGAUUCUGCGAUUUCAGUGAUCAUGGGGAUGCAAAAUUGUUCAAUCAGAGAUAUGCUGUCUAUUAGAUCCUGGACACUUUUGAACAUCACUACAAGAGCAAGAUUCACAUAACGAAUUUGAAAUUUGGUUUUUGCUACUAUCGUAUACACACAAUCAUUCAGUGUUCAGUCCAAAUGGCGACCAGUAUCAUCGAAAGUUCUUGUCCGAGCCAACUCAAAUGGAGAAAAGUCGCAUAUGGAGGGAUGCAACCUGGUUUUGAUGACAACCAUACAGAUGAAUCUUUUCUUGAAUAUAUGGUCAUGAAUGCCAACGUUGUUAAACGUGAUAUACUUAAGGUGAUGCUAGAUUCAGUUUCCAUCUCUCAAUACAUAUGCAUUGUCACUCUGGUGGUCUUGGUUUGGGCCUACACUCUUCAAUCAACCAUUAAUGAAAAUUCUCUCUUACUUCUAGAUGUAAGCCUUCUUGGAUCAGGUUUCUUUGUUCUACUUUUAACUGCAGAAAUGCUUUACUUCAAUCUUCUUCUGAAUUACGUUCUCAAAAUCUCUUUCUUUAUAACCGGAUUGUACGUUUUGUCUCCUAUCUACCACACACUUACCUGGUCCAUAAGCUCGGACUCCAUAUGGGCACUAACAGUUUCGCUUAUCAUACUCCAUCUCUUCCUCCAUGACUACUCAGGAUCCACGGUAAGAGCUCCGGGGGCUCCAGAAAAUCCGACAUUUACAAGCAAUAUCUCAUCAAAUGCUUCCAUCGUGGCUUCACUUCUUAUUGCUUCUCGCCUCCCAUCUAGGCUUCAUGUGUUUGCAAUUGUGCUAUUCUCCUUGCAAGUGUUCCUCUUUGCUCCAUUAAUCACUUAUUGUAUCAAGAAGUACUCUUUUCGGUUGCACAUCUGGUUGUCGUUUGGGUUGAUGGUUGUGACAUUGGCCUUUGCCUAUAGGUUUCACAGGGUACUUUUUGUGCUGUUGUUGGGUGUCUUGGUUUUCGUUACCGUGGUGUGUCCUUACUGGCUUAUAAGGAUCCAGGAAUACAAGUUUGAGAUCAAUGGUCCUUGGGAUGAAGCUAAACUCUGUUUUGACAUAACCGAGUGAAUUUAAUCUCUCUCUCUCUCUCUCUCUCUCUCACACACACACACACACACACAAACAUUUUAUUCAAUUGUUUAUGUUGACACAUUUAGGUUGACAAUAUAAAAGAGCAAGAUUCAUUGUACCCAUGUUUGAAAGUAAAUGUUACUUUGAUUUGCAUUCAGAAUUUUGCAUAUAUAUUUUUUUCUUCACCAAAAAACUGCUAAAAUCUACUCUAUUUGUCAUGCAAUCUGCCAAGAAUUGGUUAAUUGGUUUUCUUCGAAAGCUGCGUGAUAU